UUUGACUAGUGUGAUUAACGCGUUAGCCAUCUGGGUCUUUUUCUAAUUGAUCAAUUGAAGCUUCGAUGUGCUUUCCCUGUUAACUUAAAGCGGGGUCACUUUCAGCUUCUAUUUAUAGCAUGCAAGCUGGGCAGUUUUCGCUUACCAAAUUUUGGAUUUCAGAAAUUUCAGUUCUUUUUUUGUUUUUCAAACUUGUUAACCAUUCAGUUUGCUGGUACUUUGAUGGUACUGAAACGGGCUUCUAGUGAUUGGGAGUAUGGUGAUGGGUCUGAAGCUCCGCGUCACGAGUCCAAACGCCGGCUUGCGUUCGCAACUGAUGUUAGAGAUGUGUUGAAAGGAUUUUCUCUGGAUGAAUUCAUGACAAAGUUGGAACCCUUUUUCAGGAACCUGGUGCGGGAGGAAGUGGAACGCAAGAUUCUACUCUUUUCUCACGCCUCUCCGAGAUCAUUACUUAAUCAAGUGGAACCUUCUCAUGCAAGGAACUGGCAAUUGCAUUUUGAUGAUAGAUGGCCCUCUACCCUGUUUACAGGCAGCAAGAUAGAAUCUGAGCAUGGCAAACCAGUUAAAAUAGUUCUACUUGAUGCUAUUUCCAAGAACAUCAUAACAUCCCUCACUCUGUCUUCAAUUAAAGUUCAAAUUGUGGUCCUUAACGGUGAUUUUGGGGUUGAUGAUGAAGAGGAUUGGACAGAGGAGGAGUUCAAUACAAAUGUUGUACAACAAAGAGAAGGGAAAAGGCCGUUGGUGACUGGGGAACUAGUAGUUACAUUGAGAGGUGGAGUUGGUUAUAUCGGUGAUGUCAGCUUUACAGAUAACUCAAGCUGGAUAAGAAGUGGAAGGUUUAAAUUAGGAGCGAGAACUGUUUCCUCUGAAUUAAGAAUUAGAGAAGCCAAAAGUGAAGCCUUUGCGGUGAAAGAUCGCCGUGGAGAGUUGUACAAAAAGCAUCACCCUCCGAACUUCAGUGAUGACAUAUGGCGCUUGGAAAAGAUUGCAAAAGAUGGCCAGUUCCAUAAACGGUUAGCUAGCAUGGGAAUUACCACAGUUAAGGAGUUCCUGUGUUUCUAUUAUCGUGACCCAUCUUCGCUACGCAAAAUACUUGGUGGUGGGAUCUUAAACAAGACUUGGGAGAAAAUCAUAGAACAUGCUACAGCCUGUGUUCUGGAUAAUAAGCUAUUCAUGUACCCUAGGGAUGAAGAAAGGGUUGGAAUCGUGUUGAACUCCGUUUUCAAGGUUGUAGCAGCUGUUUUUGAUGGCCAAGUUUAUGAGCCUCUGGAUAAGCUCGAUGUAUUGCAGAUGGGAUUGGUGGAAAAUUUGAAGAGACAUGCUUAUAAAAAUUUGGAUUACUUGGUUCCUCUUGACGAGUCCCCAGUUUUUGGACCUGGAAUGGUACCAGCAAGUCUGCAGCCUAUUAUCUUGCCAGGGGUGCACCAAGAUCAGCAAAAGAUGCAGCUAGUUUCCAAUCAUGGGGAAACUUCACUGCCAUAUUUUUAUGAUCCACAAGAUCAAUUUCAACUUGAAGUUUCUGUGGAACAGCAUAGUCAACCAAUGCAAUUGUUCACUCCGACACCAAGCCAUGGUUUGAUGUCAACGGAUUCUUACUCUGGCCCCUACUGUGGGGGAAACAGUUGGGCUCCUGGCGAGUCUCUUGGGCCACUCAUGCAGAUUGGCCAUCAAACUGCUAACAACAGUUUUCAGAUAGGAACACCUACUUGGGGAGCGGAUGGACUGUUCCUUUCUCCAAGUAAUCAAGCAGUUGGGUUUCUUUCUUCGGAUUUUGGCUUUGACAUAACAAGGAAUGGAAAGCCUAAAUUAAGGUGGCGUCUGGUUCGAGCUGUCAUGAAGUGGGGAAUAUCUGUUAGGCGGGUUGUGGCUGCUAAAAAAUGGCAGGGCUUGUUUGCCUGAAUUUCCUAGACAAUAGUAUUUGUGAAAGUGUCCAUAAGUUUAGGAGAGACGUUUCCCCCAAACAGGUUAGUCUAGUUUCUAGUCUUUUCUCAGCAUCCAAGUGCAACCAAAAGGUUACUGUACAUAAGAAGUUGUGUGAAGUCGGUGUUUUGAGUCAUACCAGAUGUGGCUGCUAAAGACGAUCUCAGCCCAUCGGUAGCUAGAUCACGAGUGUAGUCCUAUUCAAACUUAGGAGGUAACCGUCUCAGCGUCUCCUGUCUGUCAGUUUAGUUAUGUGGCUAAUAUGCCUGUAGACAUUUCAUUUCCGCAAUCAAUAGCGAGUUACGUUUUUCAUGAA